CAAGAAGUCACCGAACUUGACGGAGAUUGCCGAGUUGUUUCGAUUGCUGUUCCAGUGUAACAUUGAUAUAUAAUUAAAAGAACUUACAGAAAGAUUGAAUUCACGAUUUGAAGAUGAAGGUGGCGCAAUAAAAGAUAACGAAUACAUUUGGGGAGCAAUCGUUAAGAGAUAUAUGUAUCAAAGGACCUAAGUCAGAGGAUGACUUAAAAUAUUUGCGUAGUGUUUCGGUUUCUUCUAAGUUUGUGUAAGAUGGCAGUUCAAACCAUAUCAAGAUUAAUACAAGAAAGUCAAGAUGCCCUCGAGGUCAACGACUUUACACGUGCAAAGCAGACGGCAUUUCAAGCUGUUGCGGAUAUCAACAUCGAGAAAUGUAAGUUUUUAACAGGCGUGCGGACGAAUAUAGACGAGCAACAAUUUGGGGAUUGGUAUGGAGGAUGUUCUUUUGUUAUGCACAAGAUUGGGGAAAACUUCGAGGCAACAAGGUGUUUUUAUACAGCGAUUAUUUUCGACUCGACUUGGAAUAUUCACAACCAUAAAAAAGUAUUUGACGUUCUUUGGAAUUCCUUGGUUUUUUCUAGAAAAAAGUGUGAUCUUUCAAUGCAAUACGAGAAGGAACUGAGAUGGCUUCUUGCAAAGAUAGAUGACCUUGCGAAACUUGCUGAGAGCCGUGGAAAAUGUAAUGUCUGUGUGACUAUAGAUGGUGAUAUCAAACAAAUAUUCUCGUACCUGAUGCAAUGUGGCAUAGUGGAACAUGAGCUGAUUAAACAACCAGGACGUAGGGCUUCCUUAUGGCGCUCUGCUCGAUGCUUCCUGCGAAUGGGAAUGCAUGAAGAUGCAAGGAAACUUUGCAGUACAAUUCUCCAACAUGCAUGUAACUAUGAUGACUCUGAGGCAUUUGAGAUUUGGGCUCGCUCAUUCCAUGACACCAACAAUUUUGAUAUCGCUUUAGAGAAGUGCGACCUGGCUAUUUACUACUGUAAAGAACAUGGCAACAAGCAACGUCUGGAAGCUUUAAGGUUAGAUAUACAAAAACAAAUAGCUGCAAACGUUCAAUCUGCUCAUCAUGGUGAGGUCAGUUUAAUUGAAACAAAUUCUAAUGAAGAUUGUGAUACGUUAAAAAAGGACAAGGAUAUAACUAUUCAACAUGAUCAAGCUGUUUUGGACGAUGAGAAGCUUUCGAAUCAGGGGGCAAAACAAACGUUUUGUGUCCAGCAUACAGAGAAUCCAGUUCUCUACCUGUAUCGUUAUUCCAAAACAGAAACAUGCGAUAAGUACCCGAAUGUUCAAAGCUAUCUUGAAAGAUGGAUUCCAGUUAUCUUAAUGGAAGCUGCAACAGGUGCUGUUCGUAACGAUCAAUCUUUUUGCAUAAAUGACGUAACAAUUGAAUUUCUUGACGACAGGAAAGGGAGGUUUUCACUUGAUCUCGAUAAAUGUGAAGCCAAUAAUAUCGAACUGUCAGAAGACUGUGAUGGUAUAAGCACAAGUAAAUCAAAACGAUCCUACGAAUGGUUAUGUUUGAAGGCAACAUCACAAAAUAUAAAGGAAUCAGCAACCUGCAAGAGAACACCUUCAUUGAAUGAAUACGAAACCGAAUGGAUUGGCCAUGCUAAAGUUAUCAAAAUUGUAAAACGAAAAGAUCUGCAAAACGAGAAGGGUGGAAUUAUCAUUACUUUUAAACUGCAUGAAAAAUCUGAAGUUCCUCCAGUUAAUUUAGAUGUGAAUUUCUGUGUUGAAAUAUUAAAGAAAUUGGAAAUUGACAGGAGAACUGAAUGCUUCAUUAGAGAACUUCCGUGCCAAUGUGAGUCGUUGGCAGCCAAAAUAGCUCUUAACAUACGCAUACCAGAUCUUGACAGAAGCCGUGCUCACAUUGCAAGUCUAAGACAUAAUCAAGAUUUGUAUUUUAAAAAUCUGGAUGAUCCUCAACAGAGAAAAACAGGUCUUCCACUUAAUAAUAUAAAGCAACAAGAGGCAAUUAAUAAAGCACUUACGUCACGUUUUUCGUUGAUUCAGGGACCACCAGGUACGGGGAAAAUCUACACAGCCAUCAAACUGGUGUAUCUAUUCGACAGAAUCAAUUUUCAGAUGAGUAAAGAAGGUCAUCCUAAGAAACAAGUUCUGUAUUGCAGUCAUUCGAAUGAACUGACCGAUUUAGUUGCAUUUAUCAUGCUGACGCGAAUGGGCAGUUGCAAACCAAAUUUUAUCCGUGUAUAUGACAGACAAAUUGAGGAACUAGACUUCCCGAUUCCCGGGAAAACUGUUCACUCUAGAAGUAGCACAAGAAGUGCAAGUGAAGAUUUACGUUGUGUAGCUCUUCAUCAUCUCAUUCGAGAGAAAGGCAAGAAUUAUGCUGAAGAAAUAUUGGCUAAAGAUAAAUUCUUCAAAGAUAAUAACUAUAAGUAUAUUCCAAAGACUGUAAAAGAGUAUGUCCAUACAGUUAGGGAGGUGUCGAUAGAAGAGAUAAAAAAAUAUGAUGUAAUUCUUUGCACAACAAAUGUGUGUAUAAAACAGGAGGUUAUUAAGACACUGGAUGUUUACCAGAUUAUAAUUGACGAUGCCGCAAUGUGUACAGAACCACAGGCACUUGCUACAAUCAUUGCAACUAAGGCUGAGCAUGUUGUUCUCAUAGGUGAUCAUAAGCAAUUAAGGCCAGUGGUAAAGUGCAGAGAAGCAGCUCUCCUUGGUUUGGAAAAGUCACUGUUUGAAAGAUAUGCAACGACAGAAUCUUCUAAAAAUGUUCCGUUUACUCGACUAUCAGACCAAUACAGGAUGAACCCUGAAAUUUGCAGAUUGCCUUCAAAACACUUUUAUGAAUCAGCACUAAGAACGAUGCGAGGAACCUGGGGAGAAGAUAGUCUACACAUAUGGCCAAAGGAUGCAAAAGGAAAUACUUAUCCGCAUGUACUUAUUCAUAUUGAGGGAGGGGAGCACAUGGUAACUUUGUCCAUUAUUGGGAAUGUGCAAUCAUGGAGAAAUGAUGCUGAAAUCAAUCACGUGAUUGCCACUUUCUUAUAUUUGACUAAAGAAGUUCCAAAUGAAACAGUUCAGAUCUUGACGCAGUAUGAUGCGCAAUGUUCUGAGAUAAAAAGAAGGCUUGAAGGAAAUGGUAUUACAACAGCAAAUGACAUUGUAAGCACAGUCAAUUCAAGUCAAGAAUGCGAAUGUAGCUAUGUGAUAUUUAGCACUGUACGGUCAUUACCGGAAUGUAAAAUAAUCAAUAAUCCUACUCCUGAAUGGUGCCAGCGUAACUUGGGGUUAAUCAACGACAUGAAUCAGGUCAACGUGGCCCUAACUAGAGCUCGGAAGGGACUCAUCAUCAUAGGUAACAGAAAUUUACUCGCAUGUGACUGCACAUGGAAAAAGUUGAUACAACAUUACGAAGUACGAGGGUGUAUAAAGACUCCCGAAGAGUUCCCGCCGCAAAAUAUAAGAAGGAGUCGACGGGAAAUAAUGAGAGAAGCCAUUUUGAAAAGCCAUCAAAGAUACGACAAGAAGAAAUAGAUCCGUAGAAUGCAUACAGUUGGCAAAGACAAUCCUUAAUUGUGAAAUCAUUGCAUUGGUGUAUUGCAUUGUAUCAUCGUGUCAUAUAGAAAUAUGUUUAUUUUAUGCCGAAUGUUGUGUUUUAACAGUUUAAAUAUACAUUUACGUGCAAUAUUAUACUUAUAACAUGUAGCUUUAAAGUGGUAUUUAUAAUAUGGUCGUACAUUUUAUAACCGAGAGGUCUAUGUCGCCAAUUAUAUUUUAACAUUAUAAUCGAGAGUUAUUUGUCUAUGUCGCCAAUUAGUAGUACAUCUUUUGGAAAAAUGUCAAAUUCAUAAAAAAUAUUGCCGUUUCCUAAAUUCAUCAAUGCAUUUUAAAAUAUUGCUAUGAAUUGAAGAGGAAGGGUCAUGAUUAAGUGUAGUAUAUGCUUUGGAUUAUUAAGUUGUUGUUUAAUCACCACUGCAAUUUACUCUUCCUUGUUCAUUAUUAAGCCUUUUUAUCACUAAUAUUCUUUCAUCGCUGGAUAAACUUUCAAAAUGAAUAGAGUUCAGGUUUUGAAAUCUUCGUGUUA